AUGAAUUUGACUGGGAUUUCUCAUCGCUUUUAUGUUAGCUGUACGGUGAAAAAUGGCUCGCUGCCCCUGGCGAGGUCGUUGCACACCACACAUAUAUCCUCAGACUUUUUCUCAUGGUUUAAAGCGAGGAAGGCGGAAGAAAAUGAAGCCAAGGUUCCCACUAAGGCUACCACUGAGUUGAUCAAAGAGAUCGAAAGUGGCAAGAAAUCAAAAUCAGUAGCUAACACUCAGAAGUUGAAACUGACUUCAGAAAAUUUCAUCGGGAAAGAACCAGGUCAAUUGGACCGGGCAGAACAUCAGAGGCUAGUCCGCGAGGCUAAAUUCAAUAACUGGAUCUCCAAGGAUAUCGUAUCGAGCGAAAGGCGAUUGGAUGAACUUUUGAUCGAAUCAUACAAUGAAUCUUAUCCAGGCGAUAAAAUCUCCGCAUCCUCUGAUGCCAAACUCGAUGCUAAAUUCCCGGACCUUGUGACAAAAUUCAAGUUUACAAAAUUUUUGCAGGCCAAGAGUGGAUGUAUGAUCUCGGACUACAAGUUGACCAUCUUGAACAGGCCUUCUCAAUACAAGGAGUUUUUCAUGGAUGAAAUCCUCUCUGGUAAACAGGCCAGGUAUAAGGAAGCGGAGCCUCACGCAAUCCAUCUCACGCAAGAACGCUUCAGCUCUCCAAAUAUCUAUGUUGUCCCUGAUGUUGAUGUCAAAUCCCAGAACAAAAACUAUCGCAAGAUCAUGCAGGAAGUUCGCUUAUCGGAGGCUGAAAUUUCAAGAAGGGCGAUGGAAGAUGCGGCAAGAAGCUGA